AUUGCUUGUUGUUCAUCGAGAGUCGCAAAAUGGUGGCUUCUGCUAUACGCGGAGAAAUUUUGUUGUACCAUUAAGAACUAAAAAAAACACGCAUUUGUGCUAAUAUUAUUUAGUCAAAUUAUAGUGCAAGACUUUCACGUGCCACUGUCGCUGUAAUACGCGUGUGAAAGUAUACACAAAUUGCGUUUCAAAGUCAGCGAAAAUUGUGCCCAAAAAUCUCCGCAGCAAUAAAAAAAAAACGCAAAGCAAGCGAACUGUGCCAAGUGCAAAUUAACCAAAAUCUACAUUUCCGGCUGCCUGUGCGCCCUGCCAAAGUAACGGUACAACAGGAGGAGCAACAGCAUCAUCAUCACUAGAUAUCUCUGCAUACUUCUAUCUCACUCGCUCGCACGCACGUCAACGAUAUUGUUAGCGGGCCAAGUGGGAGCCGCAGCCACCCGGUUUCGAAUUCGAGUUCGAGCUGCUUGCUGGAACACACGCACACACACACAUCUAUACUGGAUUCAUGUUGAAUUUUCAUAUCAUAGCGGGCAUAAAAAGGCUUAACACUGGACCGGAAGCGUGUUUUUAAAGGGUGAUGGCGGCCUCCACUCAAGGAGAAAUACGAGUGGGUCCCGGCCACCAGGUAAACGAUGUCUAUGCAAAACUGCCCGAUUAUAAUCCAAUCUCAAGCUUCCCCGUUGACAAGGAAACCGAUGAACGUGAAUUAGAGGAAACAAGAUGGAGUCCUGGCGUUGUGGCCGAUGGCGACUUGUUAAUGUUUCUGCGUGCGGCACGCUCCAUGGCUGCAUUUCAAGGAAUGUGUGAUGGCGGUUUAGAAGACGGUUGUUUGGCUGCCAGUCGCGACGACACAACAAUUAACGCACUCGACGUGCUGCACGAUUCUGGCUACGAUCCAGGCAAAGCUCUACAAGCACUCGUAAAGUGUCCCGUUUCGAAGGGCAUUGACAAGAAGUGGACCGAGGACGAAACGAAAAAGUUCAUCAAGGGUCUGCGACAAUUUGGCAAGAAUUUCUUUAGGAUCCACAAGGAUCUGCUGCCACACAAGGAUACACCAGAGCUGGUCGAGUUCUACUAUUUGUGGAAGAAGACGCCCGGCGCCAACAAUAAUCGACCGCAUCGGCGACGCAGACAGAGCGCCUUGCGUCGCAAUCGUGUUACGCGCGCCAACAAUACACCUCCCAAAAAGGAGGACACCCCGGAACCACAAGCUGCGACGACGGCGACGGCGGCGGCGUCGGCUGCAGAGACGGCGAAUCGCUCAUCGCCCGCUGUCUCCAAGGAGGAGAACAGUUCUCUAACCGAGGACGACGUCAGCGAGUGUGACAGUGAUUCGAGUCUGACCAACAAAAGGGAUGAAUCACCAUCUAGGAUGAGGACUAGAAACAAACAACAGAAUAACAACAACAACAACAACAGCAGUAGCGCCGCUGCAUCUGGUGGCGGUGGCAACUCCGCCGCGGCUGGUGCUGCCUCCGUCAACGCAUCCGGCAACAGCUCCGGCAAAGAUCAGUCCUCUGGCUCGGCGAACAACAACAGCAACGCCGUGGCGAACGGGAAGCGACCCAAGCGCGGCUCCGAAACACCGGACGCCGCAGCAGCAGCCGCCGCCGCUGCUUGCGAUAGCCCGAAGACGCCCACCAAGACCGUGGCGGAGGGAUCGGGCACUAAGCGCAAGGGCGGCAAGCAGGACACGCCCAACAAGAAAAAGCGCACCGAAGCAGAGACCAACAGCAACAGCAGCGAGCAGGCGAUCAACAACAGCGAGGACAACGUCAAGGAGAAGCCGCGCAAGCGUCCCGACAGUCCCGUCGAGAGCAUGAACUCCGACAGUCGGCCCGAUUCUGUUCUCGACGAUGGCGAGUCGAAUACAACCGACACGGAUGGGCGCACCAUCGAGCAGCAGUCCAGCAAGGAUAGCAAGGAGAUCAACUGCAAGGAGGAGAACGCUGUCACGUUGUCCGGCGACGUGGACUCCAAGUCGGAUGUGGUCAACGAGAAAUCGAUCAAAGCGGAAACUGCCUGCGCGGACGACAGCAAGGAUACCAUCAAGAACAUGGAUGAGGAGACCAACAUCCAGGCACCCAGCAGUAUACAGCCGCUCAGUAUCAAGCCCGCCCACGUGGAUGGCCUGCUCAAAGAGUCCAGCUCCUUGGAGGCGCCGCCAGCUGUUGUGCCGGUCGCACCGAUCGCCAUGAAGGUGCCCACAAUUGCGACGGUGGAGGCGCUCAACGCGUCAGUCGACCGCGAUCGCAAGGAGGCCAUCGAGAAGAUGGAGAUAUGUGAGAACGAGGCAGCCGCACGCGAUCCCGAGCUGCUCAAGAAGCUGGCCACCAUCAAGCAGGAAACGUUGCCCCAACAGCAGCAGCAGCAGCAACAACAACAGCAACAGCAGCAGCAACAACAACAACAGCAGCAGCAGCAACAACAGCAGCAGCAACAACAACAGCAGCAGCAACAGAUGGUGGGCGUGCCGCCCGUGUCAGCUGCAUCUGGGCCAAUGCAGGAAGCCGUUUACAUUAAGAAGGAGCCCAUGGAGGACUCCAUGGACGCCACAUGCAAUCAGAACAGCAACGAGCCACAAGAUCUCAAGGUCAAAAUCGAAAUCAAAAACGAAGAUCUGAAGAUCAAUGCCAGCGGACUGCCGCCCGUCAGCUCGGCGGGGCCGCCGCCCAAUGCCCAGCUGGGUGGACUGCAUCAUGGCUCCAGCGAGGGCAGCAAUCCGGAGCCACUGCAUCUGCAGCAUAUGCCACAUGGACCAACGCCGCAGGCGCCUGCCGGCUACAUCAUUGACGGGCAGCUGAAGUAUGGGCCGCCCGGCCAGCCGCCUCCGCAGCCACCGCCGCAGCUGCACAGCGAUCCCGGCAGUGGGGGCGUGUCGGCACCAGCGCCUCAGAAAUAUCCUGGCGAUAUGGAAAUGAAGUACAACGAGGCGGCCGUCAAAUUCGAGCCAAGUGCCGGCAAAUUCGCACCACAGGAGCUGAAGUAUCCGGUGCCUGCUCCGCUGGAUGCGCUCAAGUACAGCCAGGAAAUGCAGGCAGCGGCUGCUGCCGCGGCGGCCGUGGGCAAGUACGACAUGAAGUACAUGAUCGAACAGCAGGGCAAGUACCCAGUGGAGCUAGCGCCGCCCAAGCCCGGCUACCAGGAGGCGCUGAAGAUACCCGAUGUGAAGCCGGGCUUUGCCCAUCUGCCGCACAGCAUUGGCUCGAGCUUAGACGGACCCGGUCCGCCACACAAAUACGCGCCGGCGGGUCAGAGUGGCCCGCCACUGGAUCAGCAGCCGCCGGGUGCCACGCCUCCGCCCGGCAUUGCCAUGCCCAAGCCGCACUAUCAGCACGAUGUGCAGACGCCGCCGCUGGGGCGACCGUUCGAGCCGACCGGACUUAUGCUCAAGUACGGUGAUCCGCUGGCGGCGAAGUACGGGCCGCCACAGCCGCAGGAUCUCAAGUACCCGAUGCCGCCUGUAUCGUCGUCAGCCGGCGGGGAGAAUCUGAUCAAGGCUUCGGCAUAUGGCCCGCCGCCGGAGAGCCCCAUCGAUGCCUCGGCACGCUCGACGCCCGGCCAGGAUAGCCAGGGCAGCAAUAGCAAUAGCAAUUCGCAGCCGCCAUCCUCGCAGCCGCAGCAGUUCCAGUCGCCACAUCCCUCGCCGCACAUGCCUUCGCCAGCUGGCGGCGGCCUGCCACCCGGCAUGCAUCCACAAAAUCUCAUCUCCCCGCACAGCCAUGGACCACCGCCGAAUUCCGGCUCCGGCCCGGGUCCGCAGCCGCCGACGUCCUUGCAUCAGCCCAUCAGCUCGAUGGCUGGCCAGGGACCGCCCGGGCUGCAGCACGGCCUGCCACCGGGACCGGGAGGGCCGCACGCACAAAUAUCAAUAGCCAAUUCGCUGACGGGCGUCGUCACCUCGCUGGGCGCGCCCACGAUGUCCACCAUGGCGCCCUCGCAUCCCAUGCACCCGCACAUGCAUCCGCACCAACAUGCGCACCUACAGUCCUUGCAGGCGCUGCACCGGCAUCCCGAUCUGGGCGCGGCCAUGCAUCCACAUGCGCCCAUGGCCAUGUCGCUGCAGGCACCGGGUCCACCGCCGCCGCACAGCCAUGCGCAUCCGCUGGGCCCCAGCCAUCAGCAGCAGCCGCAGCCGCAGCAACAGCCGGGUCCGAGCCCGGCGGGCACAGUGCGUACGCCAUCGCCGGCGCAGCAGCAACAGCCGCCGCGCAGCAUGCACGAACCGCUGCCCACGUCACGGGAGCCGCCCGCCUCGCACACCUCGACGGCGCCAACGGGCUCGAUGAGCAGCAUCAACUCGGGCCCGGGUCCAGGACAGGGGCCGGGGCAGGGGCCAGGACCAGGACCGAUGCCACAUCAGUCACCGCAUGCGCAUCGGACAUCCCCGCUGCCGGGCUUGGCGCAUCCGUCGGGACUCAUCGGCCAUCCGAUGCCCAUUCAUCCGCACUUGGCGCACCUGCCACCUGGUCAUCCGGCACACGCAGCUCUGGCGCAUCCGGGCCAUCAUCUGCUGUCGCAUUCGAUAGCAGGUCUGAGCCAUGGCGGCGGUCCCAUCGCUCUCCUGGCCGGUCCCGGCGGUCUGGGUGGCCUGCCCGAGUCGGCGCUCAGCCGGCGCACGCCGCCCAGCCAUCUGUCGCAUCCGCACUCCUCGUCGGGGCCGUCGACGCCGCACUCGGUGGCCAUCUCGACGAGCAUGUCGCUCUCCACCACACCCAACACGGUGCCCUCGUCCGCCUUCAGUCGCGCCAGUCCCAGCGUCCAACUCUCGAGCGGUGCCCCGCCAGCUGGUGGCCCUGGUGGCAACAGCAACAGCGGCACGCCGAACAACUCCUCGGCAGCUGCCGCCGCUGCGGCCGCAGCCGCUGCUCAUCGCGCCGCCUCGCCCGCCUCCAGUGUGGGCAGCCUGAGUCGGCAGAGUCCGCUGCAUCCGGUGCCGCAGUCGCCGCUGAGCCAUCAUCCGUCGUCGUCGGCGCUGUCCGCCGCAGCGGCCGCUGUUGCCGAACGGGAUCGGCAUGCGCUGCUGCGUCAGCAGUCGCCGCACAUGACGCCGCCGCCCGUGUCGAGCGCCUCGGGCCUGAUGGCCAGUCCGCUGAGCAAGAUGUACGCACCACAGCCGGGCCAACGAGGCUUGGGCACAUCGCCGCCGCCGCAUUUGCGACCGGGUGCCUCGCCGCCGGUCAUACGGCAUCCACAAAUGCCGUUGCCAUUGCCGCUGAUUGCGCCAGGCGGCGGCAUACCGCAGAUUGGUGUGCAUCCUGGGCAGUCGCCGUAUCCGCAUCCGCUGCUGCAUCCCUCGGUCUUCUACUCGCCGCAUCAUCACAAUCCCUUCAACUCGCCCUAUGGCUAUGCGCCGUACGGACCUGGCUUCCCCGCCUACAUGAAGCCACCGCCGCCAUCCGGCCCACUGGAUCCCGCCGCCGUGAUGGCCGCCCAUCAUGCUGGGCUGUCGGGUCCGCCGCCGCCGUCGCGCCAGGAUGAGCAGAAUGCCGCAGCUGCGGCAGCUGUGGCCGCCGAGAAGCAGCAUGCGGCGGCAGCAGCAGCAGCUGUGAAUGCUUCGACAGCGACCACGGCGAAUGCCACCAAAGGUCAUCACAAGCAUCCGCAUGGUGUGAAUGACAGCGAAACAGAUCUGAGCUCAUAUCCCGGCUAUAUACACUAUCGGGACAAAUACGAUCUGACCUACAUAGCCAAGGUGAAUCCCUUCUGGCUGCAAUUCGAACCGCCUGACACCAGCACCUUCUACAUCAUGGCCGGCCUCUAUUGCCUGAUCUCCGUGGUCGGCUGCUUUGGCAAUGCGUUCGUCAUCUUCAUGUUCGGCAGCCGGAAGUCGCUGCGCACGCCGGCCAAUAUAUUGGUCAUGAAUCUGGCCAUAUGCGAUUUCCUGAUGCUGGUCAAGUGCCCCAUCGCCAUCUACAACAACAUCCAGGAGGGCCCGGCGCUGGGCGAUGCAGCUUGUCGCAUCUAUGGCUUUGUGGGCGGCCUGAGUGGCACCUGUGCCAUCGGCACUCUGACGGCCAUUGCCCUGGAUCGCUACAAUGUGGUGGUGCACCCGCUGCAGCCGUUGCGCCGCUACUCCCGCCUGCGCUCCUACCUGAUCAUAUUCGCCAUCUGGUGCUACAGCUUCCUGUUUGCCGUGAUGCCCGCCCUGGACGUGGGCCUGUCGGUGUAUGUGCCGGAGGGCUUCCUCACCACCUGCAGUUUUGACUAUCUCAACAAGGAGACACCGGCACGCAUCUUCAUGGCCCUCUUCUUUGUGGCCGCCUACUGCAUACCCUUAGCCUCCAUUGUCUACUCCUAUUUCUACAUACUCAAGGUCGUCUUCACGGCGAACCGCAUUCAGUCGAGCAAGGACAAGGCCAAGACCGAGCAGAAGCUAACAUUCAUUGUGGCGGCCAUCAUUGGUUUGUGGUUCAUUGCCUGGUCGCCGUAUGCGAUUGUCGCCAUGAUGGGCGUCUUUGGCCAGGAGCAGCACAUCACGCCGCUGGGCUCCAUGAUACCCGCGCUCUUCUGCAAGACGGCUGCCUGCGUGGAUCCCUAUCUGUAUGCGGCCACACAUCCCAGAUUUCGUGUCGAGGUGCGUAUGCUGAUGUAUGGACGUGGUGUCCUCAGGCGCGUGUCCACCACUCGCUCCUCCUAUAUGACUCGAUCACGCUCCUCCUUCACGCAUCGGCUGCGCCCCUCAAGCGGCGACUGCGAGAAUCGCGCUGAGCCCUACACGCUCAACAACAACCUGAUGAUGGUGCCCGAGGAGACGGAGGAGAACGAGGAGAUCAUCGUUGUGGCCGAGAUCAACAAUUCCAUCUCAGGGGUCAUGGAGCAGAGUAAGUUUUAAAGAAAGAGAGAGAGAGAGGGAUAGAGAGGGAGACAGCUAACCAUAUCAAUUGAUUGUCUAGAUAAGCAUAUUUUUGUACUAGAAAGAGGAAGAGAUUAAGUGUCAAACGUGAUCAUUUAUGUACCGAAGAAUUUUAAAGAGAGAGCUUACAAAAUGCAGUAUUAUUAUUAUUUUUAUAUUAAAUGUUAUGCAUAUAUAGUCCUUUAGCUCGUAUAUUCCCUUUGAAAGACUUGUUGGACUUGAUAAAAAUGAAAUGAAAUUCUUCAAAUAUAAUCAAACAGAAAUCAAGAAAUAAGCUCGCCCUUCACGUGAAUUAUAUAUAGCAGGACUUCACUUGGCUGCAGUUCAAAGGAAAAUUGUAAUGAGAUACUUGCCCUUUAACGGCGCCAAGGCAGCUCUCUCGGUGGAGAGCAAUUAUAGCCAGCUUAUAGAUAAAUUAAUGUACCCUAUCGAAUAUUUACACAACUCCAAUGCAAACAUAAUACAACAUUGCUGUGGGCAACGAAGUGAUAGAGGUCUUGUUGAGGGAGCUUAACUAAAAUGUUAAUAGGUAUUUAUUGUAGUAUAAGCCCCAUAGUGAGGUCUGCCCUUAAGUAGGCUCUCAAUAAGUCUAGUGUAAGUAAGUAAGUGUCUAUUGUGCGUGAGGCAGAGCAGGGAAACCGAAAUGUAUCAUCAGGGAAAGAGACAUAAAUAACUCACUUCAUAUGUACAUACAUACAUAUACAUAUACAUAUAUGUAUAUAUAUAAAUA